GGUUGUCAUAGAUAAUGUUUAGAAAAUGCAAACUGUUUGUUUGGAGCUAACUCGCAGUUGAACCAAGAGAUAUGCUAGUUGGUUAGCUCGUGAUGCCGCGCUGAGGCCUGUUGAAGCCUUGGUGUUUCCUGAGUAAACUAUCCGAGGGACGGGGUGCCAGCCGUGGACCAUUUAAACCAACCUGACCCACAUCGGAGCUUCUCACUCAGCUGAGCUGAGGCACUUUAUGUACAGAUGAAGAGUGUAUAAUAUAUAGAGCUUUAUUUAUUCCACACAGAUACUCACCAUGGCUGCAGAAAAUUGUCUGAGCAGUUCACAGAUCAACAAGAUUGACAAUGAAAAGCUGGUAAGACCUAAAGUGCAGCUGCAAACGCUGUUAAAAGAUGCAGGUGCAGAUAAAGACGUUUUCACCAUGAAGGAGGUCAUGUUCUACCUGGGCAAGUACAUCAUGAGCAAAGAGUUAUACGACAAGCAGCAGCAGCACAUCGUGCACUGUGGAAACGACGCCCUCGGCGCCGUGCUCGGGGUAUCCAGCUUCUCAGUAAAAGAACCACGAGCUUUGUUUGCAAUGAUUUCUAAAAAUCUCAUAGCAGUGAAAAUUCCAGAGUCUCAGUUAACGAUUAGAGAAUCUAGCACUGAAAGUGAAGCCGACCAAUCAGCAGAGGAGAAAAACCUGCCCUCAUCUACCUCCACUCAAGAAGAGCAGCAGCAGCAGCGCAGGAGACGACGGAGCAGUGAUCCCGUGAGUCUCUCCAGUGAGGAGGAUUCUGGCGAGCCCCGGAAGAGACACAAGUCCGACAGCAUCUCCCUGACAUUUGAUGACAGCCUGUCGUGGUGUGUGAUCGGAGGCCUGCGCAGAGAGAGAGGGAGCAGCGAGUCUUCAGUAUCGCGCAGCAAUUCGGACGUAGGUAUAUCUCACAGUGAUGAGAGCGAUGUGAGUGAGGAUUCUGAGUCUGAUAACUUCAGUGUGGAGUUUGAGGUGGAGUCUAUCGAUUCGGAGACCUACAGCGAGAAUGAUGAAGAGUCCAUACCCGGAGAAGAUGAGGUCUAUGAAGUUACAAUCUUUGCAGAGGAUGAGGAUUCUUUUGAUGAAGAUACGGAGAUCACUGAGGAGGAUUACUGGAAGUGCGCAGUGUGUGACGAGCUGAACCCUCCGCUCCCUCGCCACUGCAAAAGCUGCUGGAAGGUUCGUCCAGGAUGGCUCCCUGAGAUUUGCCCUGCGUCCGAGAACCCCGGCAAUGACACGCAAACCGACAUCACCUCCAGCAACACCGACCUCGAAGCCAAAGCACCAUGCGCCAAAUCCCCAACUCCAACCAUCGACCUGGACGAAGGCAUCGACGUCCCGGACGGCAAGCUCACGCGCUCGCAGAGCACCUCCUGCUCCGACUCUCAGGGCUCGUCUCUCUGCUACUCGCAGCCCUCCACCUCCGCUAGCCAGGAGGAAACCCCCGAGCUGGAGCGCACUACCAGUUCAAACAGCACGGACUCCUGCCUCCCUGCGUCCUGCCUGGAGCCCUGCGUCAUCUGCCAAACGAGACCCAAGAACGGGUGCAUCGUCCACGGGCGCACCGGACACCUCAUGGCCUGCUACACCUGCGCCAAGAAACUUAAAAAGCGCAACAAACUCUGCCCCGUGUGCAGGGAGCCCAUCCAGUCCGUCGUUCUCACCUACGUCAGCUGAGGGGACGACUUUGUUGGACGUGUGUGUGUAAUUUAUUUAGUUUUGGGUGAUGUGGAGUUCGUGCUAAAUGAAGUUGGCUCUAAUUUAAGUUUGUUUAUUUAAACAGGUUUGGGGUGUGUUGUUUGGAUGAGUGUUGUUUUACUUCCAAUUGAUUAGUAAGAAUUGUACAUAGUUAAUUUAUAUUAGGUUUCGAGGCGUGUAAUUUUGGAUUAAUUGUAUUUUGUUUGCAAUUUGAAGUUCUCAUAUUUUUCACUAGAUUCUAUGGACUAAUAAAGAAUUAAUUAUUA